AUGAAGAAAGAGCGACGGCGAAUAUGGGAGUUGUCAACGGUAGGACUCAUGAAGGAAUCGAUCACAUCACCAUCAACCGAAGAUGGUGUUAACGAUGUCUCCUUGAACGAGAUCCUUCAGCAGUGGUCCAGAUCACCGUUUCCUCUGGCCAAAAGCAGGAAAGAAGUUAUAUAUAACGGCGUCACACGGGAGGAUCCCAUUUGUGGCUCGCCCAUCGAGGACUACACUGAGAGCCUGUGGUGGAAGUGUCUCAAUGUCUCGAAAAAGGACUUGGAACGAGCUUUGACAGCCACCAAGGAUCUGCUUGAGAAGAGAGCACUGAGGCUAGAUCCGACUGCAUCACACCUCGGACGAGUGAUAGUCAAUACCGGUCGCAGAAGAGCUUUGCAAUAA